AUGCAAUACCAGUUUGCCCUGGGAGACCCUGCCACGGGUCCCUUGUCACCUAAGAACUUCAGAUCACUCACCUUUGGUGUGUGUGUGCUGCUGCUGUCUGCACUGACUGUUUCUGCAGUCUCUCUGUCUGUCAGUCCAAACCUUCAGCAGUUCUUCAGAGGGUCUUCUUCAGUGUCUCUGAGCUGUGUUGAUGAUGAACAGACAGUUGAUGGAUGGACGGUGAGGAGGACCAGAGGAGGACUCACUGAGGACUGUGGAGCAGCUGCAGGCUUUGGUAGGGCUGAAGGUUCCUCCUGUGUUCUGGAUCGCUCCUUCUCCUCUGAUGGAAAUUACUCCUGUAUAAACUCAUCGGGACAGCAGAGCGAUGAAAUCUCCAUCAGUGUUUCAGAUAAAACUGUCAUCCUGGAGAUUCCUGCACUUCCUGUGAGGACAGGAAAUGAUGUCACUCUCCGUUGCAGAGAGAGGAGCGGUGACACAGCUGCUGCUUUUUUCUUCUUUAAUGGACGUCCUGUUGGAUCUGUACUUACAGCAGAGCACGUCAUCAGACAGGCCACACAGUCUGAUGAAGGGCUCUACUGGUGUGCUACUGAUAUAUCUGGACCAUCUCCUCAGAGCUUUCUGAGGGUCAGAGAUUCUCCUCCUCCUACAAAUUCUCCUCCUCUUACACACACAAGCUCAGACUCCACUCCUCCUCCUAUGAACACUUCCUCACCUCUCACCUCCUUUCUCACAGCACUCAUUGGAGGCCUUCUUCCUGUGGUUCUUCUGGUUCUGGUUGUGGUUCUAGUUCGAGUUUCUUUCCAGUACAAGAAAAAAAAUGAAGAAAAUGGUGCUGCUGAGCUCACCUAUGAGCAGGUGGUCAUCAAGGACCAGAGGAAGGCUGGCAGGAGGCGAGGUUCUUCCAGUUUCCUGUGGAUAAGCAGAGAGCAGCACUGGAAGAAAGGAUUCUGGGAUUGA